AUGCAAUCAUCUCAAGAGAAACUACCCAGAUUAGAUCUUACUAAUAGAAGAUCAUAAUCGAUGGCCAAUUCUAAUCCUGCAUUGAAAAAACUAAAAGAAACAUUGUUUGUUGAGAAUUAAAGUAGUACUCGUCGAUUGAAAAGAAAGGAAGGUGAUAUCUUGGACUCAAUACUCGAGGAUGCAAGUUUAAUAUUAGGAAACAAACAGCUAGAGAAAAAUAUUUAUUAGCUCAAAGAAUUGGGUUUAUUGAAAUAAUAUGAUCCUACAAUAGCAAUUCAAUAAGGAUUAAAGAAAAGUAAUUAUGUGAUGAAUGAUUAUCAUAAUAAAAGCACAACAAAUGGGUAUUCAAGAAACUAUGGAGGAUUGUUUUACAAUAGAUGA